GUAAUCAUGGUGGCGUGGGACAUGACGAUCUCAUGGGUAGUCUCAUGGGCGCCCGCGGGGCUGCAACUCAUGGUGGUGGUGUGGGACAUGACAAUCUCAUGGGUACCCAUAGGACGCACUCUACUACGACUACGACUCAUGGUGGCGUGGGACAUGACAAUCCCAUGGGUAUCCAUGGUAUGCAGUCUAAUAAGACUCAUGGUGGUGGCGUGGGACAUGACAAUCUCAUGGGCACCCACGGCGUAGGCACCCAUGGGAUGCAGUCUACUACGACUCAUACUGGCGUGGGACAUGACAACCUCUCAGACACCCACGGGUGGACUCAUGGUGGCGUGGGACAUGACAGUUCUACGGCCACCCAUGGGACGCACUCUUCUGCCACUCGUGAUGCCGUGUUACCAAAAAAUCCCUUGACCACUGGGAUGCAAUCUUCGACACUUGGUGGCGCAGCUCAUGGAACUCAUGGAGGUCCCAUGACUAGCGGGAUGCCGUCCGCGACUCUCGGUGGCGGCAUGCAUGGUCAUGAUGAGCCCGGACACCGUGCCCCUGGGACGCUAGGAGAUGUUUUGGGAGGCGGGCAGCACCAGCCGAGGAGAGAUCAGCCAGGAGGGACUGCUGUUGGUAUUGUUACUAAAGAGAUUCGACGAAGUGGCACGAGCUCCGGUGAAUCGUCCGAGGAAGAAGGACAUACACCCACGGGUGGGAGAAGGAAGAAGAAAGGAUUGGGGGAGAAAAUCAAGGAUAAGUUAAUGCCGGGUGGGAAGCACAAGGAUCAGGAGGUAGACCAUACCGCGACAACCACCAUGGCCACAACCACCACUACCACAAUCCAGCACCAUGAGGAUGAGCCCGCUGAGAAGAAAGGUCUAAUGGACAAGAUUAAGGACAAGUUGCCUGGCCACCACUAGUUAGUUAUGGAGUUCGGUUUUUCAAUUUCGUUAUAGUUUUUGCCAUUUUGUACCUUUGGAUGUGACCUCAUGUACAGGCCAGAGUUGAAGGCUUUUAAUUUUGUUGUAUGUUGAAUAAUCUAUGUGCAUCUACUAGUAUGCGCAGGGUUAGUUUGUGCUUCUAGAUGUUGAGAUGUAAUUUUCUUUUGUUCGUUUUUAGGGUUUUCGAAUGUGUGAAACUUUCCAUUUAAAGAGUGUUUUGAAUUUCAAUUGUCUAAUGUGAUGAAUGUACCUUAAAUUUCAUAAGCAAUGUUUUACCUUU